AUGUCCUCCAAAGUCGACAUACAGUCGGGCCCGUUGUCAAACGAAAAAGCCUCCUUCGACAACUCCUUCGAAGCCUAUCAACUUGAAGUUAUUCCAGCCAAGAGUCUACCAGAUCGACCAGACGACGAGGAAACCAAAUUUCUUGAAACAAUUCGGGGACAUCUAUCUGUGCAGCGCUUGAGGGAUCGGCUUGCCAUAUUGUUCAUAAUGGUGGGCGUUGUGAUUUUCACAUGGCCUUUUUUCUAUCUCGACUCCAACACGAUUUCAGACUUCCAAGUCAAGAUUCGAGCAAUACCAUUCUGCAUAUCCUAUAUUGCAUCGGCUCUCAUAUCUCUUGCCGUAUUCCGAAGAAGGGUCGGGCAGUCAGCCCAUCCUACGGGAUUGAUGGACAAAAAACCUGAUAUCAUUGGUGCUUUUCGGAAGAGGGUGACGGAAAAUUAUUUCAAUGUGUCAGAUCCGAUGUACUACUUCCUGCGACAUGCCGCAGACCCAAAUCUCCCAAGAACCGGAACUUUCGAUAAAUUGCUUCGUCGUGAAAUAUUAUGUAUCUUAGGAAUGCGCCACGUACUCAAGAUCAUCGUAUUGGGAUUUGCCUGCCUCAAGUACGAAGACUUCCUGGAUGCUCCGAUAACUCACUGGAUUUGGCUACCGUGUUGGUUUGGAUUUGGUGCAUGUGUGGAUGAGAUGGCUGAGGUUGAUUGCAUGGGCUGGUAUUGGUCUCAAAGCAGGUUUCUUCAAUCUAUUAGAAGGGAAUGCUUAAUUUUAUGUGCGAACAACGACACUGAGAAGGCUUUCCAAAAGCAAGUCAAGCCCGAAGUCUAUUUGGCGGAAUGGUUCGAAUUUCUGAUGGUGGAUGAGAAGGAAUCAGAAGAAGCCCAACAACGAGCACGGAUGUGCCUUAAGGUGCUGGUUGAGCAAAUCAGGUUCCCAGCCACCGAUGACGCAUCCCAGAGACUGAGGAAGCCCAAGGAUAUUCUAGGUCUUCUUGCUUAG